GUGCAACAGACGAAGGCGACCCGCUGCCCGCUUCGCCUCUUGCGGUUUGACAUCCUUCGAUAUGUUGCGUUUAAAACAACCAAAUGCGUUUCAAACGUGACUCUGCUGGUCGCCACGGAAACCGAGGGCUGAUUUUAAAACCGACCGGAUGAUAAAACAGGAUUUGGAAAGCCGUCCUGACCGCUAAGAUGAGGCGUCUGUCCAGAAGAAAAGCCCUGAGUCUGGUGAAGGAGCUGGACGCCUUCCCCAAAGUGGCAGACAGCUACAUGGAAACGUCUGCGUCUGGGGGGACCGUGUCCAUCAUAGCGUUCAGCGCCAUGGCGAUUCUGGCCAUCUUGGAGUUCUUUGUGUACCGAGACACUUGGAUGAAGUAUGAAUAUGAAGUUGACAAGGAUUUUUCCAGUAAGCUAAGAAUAAAUGUGGACGUCACAGUAGCAAUGAAAUGCCAGCAUGUGGGAGCAGACAUCUUGGAUCUGGCAGAAACAAUGAUCACAUCCAACGGCCUGCAGUACGAACCUGUCAUUUUUGAAUUAUCCCCACAACAGAGGCUGUGGCAAAGGACGCUGCGUCUCCUUCAGAGCAGGCUGAGGGAGGAGCACGCUCUGCAGGAGGUUCUGUACAAAACGCUGCUGAAGGGAGCGCCCACCGCUCUGCCGCCGCGGGAGGACGCUCCCAACGAGCCGCUCGACGCCUGCAGGAUUCACGGACACGCUUACGUCAAUAAGGUGGCAGGAAACCUGCACAUCACAGUAGGAAAGCCGAUUCACCAUCCGCAGGGCCACGCUCACAUCGCUGCUUUUGUGAGUCACGAGGCGUACAACUUCUCCCAUCGAAUUGACCAUUUAUCUUUCGGCGAAGAGGUUCCAGGAAUAAUCAAUCCUCUGGACGGCACCGAGAAAAUCACCUACAACAAUAACCAGAUGUACCAGUACUUCAUCACAGUGGUUCCCACCAAGCUGAACACACACCUGAUCUCCGCAGACACACACCAGUUCUCCGUGACGGAGCGAGAGCGGGUGAUCAACCACGCGGCGGGCAGCCAUGGCGUCUCGGGGAUCUUCGUGAAGUACGACACCAGCUCCCUGAUGGUGACGGUGAGCGAGCAGCACAUGGCGCUGGGACGCUUCCUGGUGCGGCUCUGCGGCAUCGUAGGGGGAAUCUUCUCCACCACAGGCAUGCUUCACGGCCUGGUCGGGUUCUGCUUCGACAUCGUCUGCUGUCGCUUCAGGGUCGGCGCCUGCAGACCCAGGCAGGAUCUGCAGCUGAAUAACCUGAACCACCACCAGGCUCCUCUUCUGGCGGGAAACGCUCCGCUGUAGCCUCACUGUGAUCUGAAGACCGUCACCUCCGUUUGUUUCAGUAAAAUUCACAUCCUUCAUUGCACUGUAGGUUAAAUAUCCCCCCAGUAAAUGCAUUCAUUGUGUUUUAGUGACUGUAAAUUUGAGGUUUAAUUGCUUAAAAUGAUGUAUGAUUUGUUAUUUAACAGAUUAAAAGAAUGCAAACAAAAAAAUUCUUUUUUAAAUUGAGAUAAUCCCUUAAAGCGUAAAAGUAUCAACCAGCAGGAGGACAUUUUCCUGAAAAAGCAACAAAACCGCCUUGUGAGACAGACAGCAGCACAGAUGCGCUUUUUAUCCUCUUUAUUUCAGUUUUGCCAAGCAGACCGAAUCUCGUUAGAGCGGGGAACACAGCUGGUCAAACAAUUCGCAAAAAUGACACCAGUGAGAGAGAAUACGAUGUUCCGGGUUAUGUUGCCGUUUGCGCCGGCAGGACGUCCCGUCUUGACUGAACAAAGACGGUGCUGUUACCAAACGGACAAACAUGGAUGACAGCAUGAAGAUAGCCCUGUAGCUCUUUGGGGACAACCUGACAAAACCGAUUCGUCACGCAGUCCGAGCGCGAACCGACGCACACACACACAACAAAACCAGAGUUUUGCAUAAACAUUUAGUUUCUUCCCUUUUUCUCCCGUGAAAUCUCAUUCAGUUUGAGAGCAGACAACGAUGGCCGCCCAGGUCUCCUCAGACUUUACGUUAAAUACUUGUUGUAGUUAGAGGGAAGCUCUGUGGUCCUGUGAAUACAGCAGUGAUUCAACAAAUACAAGUUUUUGGUAACUAAAGUUUUCUUCUUAUAAAACUAGAUACCAACCACACCAAACAGAUGGGUCUACUCCCUUAAAUAGCAGCGAUUCUCCAUUCGGUCAGAUGUGGAGUCCCUCAUGGUUGUGUACUUGGACCCAACCCACUUUUGUAUUAGCAUUUAGCCUGUUAGUGAGCGUCUAUGCAGACGACUCGACUGCACAGCGUGUUGAAAUAACCGUCGGAGUGUAUUUUUUCAGAGAAACACAACUGUUGCUAGCGGUUACCGCUUUGAUUUCACUCUGAAUCGUUCACCUAACACUCCCCACACCCCAAUAAAUUACAUGAUUGAUUUUGGACAAAUACUUUUUAAAACUGCUUUGAGUUCUUUAGCAUUAGAUGCAUCAUAAUCCUUCAUUCUUCUUCAGUGCAGUGGACCUCCGCUUGUUCAGUUUUCGUAGAUUUUUCUUCGGAACAUGAUUCUUCUCGUAGAGUAAAUCUGAUUUAUUUGAAAGAAAAUGCACCUAAAAUACCUCAAUGGAGUCCAACUGGUUUUCAUUGGUGCUGACGGCACAGAAAUGAUAUUAAGCUGUCAACUUAGAACAGCAGCGCUGAGCUGUGCUGUGGGGAAACAUCUGGACAGCUGAUUUGGUUCGUGAUCGGCUGGUUUAGGUUAUUAAUAUGUACAAUUUCAAUAUUUGGAAAUAAACUCAAGAUGAAGAACUGUUUUAUUGUUGCGAAACAAGAUAUCCAAUUGAUUCACAGGCUUUUACAAAAUUACAUUUAAUUGGAAAAAUGAACUGCAAAGCAUUGAUGAAUCCAUAUUUUUACCUAGACUGAUUGCCGAGCAGGAACUUGGAAAGGUUAGCCCAGAUAACGCAGUGCUAGCUAGCUAGCAUUCUGUUUGUAGCCAGAACAAACAAGAUGGCGUCUUCUUUCUGCUAAAUUUGGAUCCUCUGAAUUUCAACAACCGUUUUUUAAGUUCCCUUCACUGAGCUUCUGCGUCAUAAAGCAAAACAUUGGUCAUCGAACAGACGCUCUUCAGAUGUCGCCGUUUUGUUUGUCCGAUCAGCACCAAUGGAAGAGUGUACAGUAAUGCUAAAACAGCUUCAUAUCAAUGAAAAUUAAGAUAUAUUUUGUGUUUUUAGCUGUUAGUCGGUAGCUGAGUGUUUUUAAACCGGGGGUCCACUGCACUUUAUUGUAAAAUUUUAGAGGUUAUCCUCUCAAAACCCUGAUUAGGACCAUUUUAAGAAACCAUCUACAGUUUGUACUACGCUAUAUAAAUAAACUCCACUCUGAUGUACUAUUAUGUUUAUAUACCACACUGUCGAGGUCUAACACACAAUCAGACUUGCUUUUUUGGUGCAAGUAUAAAGAUGUAAAAGUAGUAAACCCAGUUCAGUACAAACAGCUGUAGAAACAAAGCAGAUGAGCGUUCAGGUUCGCCCUCAGACAUCAGCCAGAAGCUAGCCUAGCUGGCCUCAGCGUUCUGAUGUCAUGUGGGCAAACCGUCUGGACUGUCAUCUUAAAAAGGCAGUAGAUGCACAGAAUGCAAGACGUAUUCGAGAACAAAACAAAGCAAAAUAAAAAUAACUACGUAGAGUUCGCCCACCUCUGCUGCAAUGACGCAUUUCAAGUAUGGAAAACACAGAUCUGUCACGAGGCAGGAGGUCGGGGAAGGAAGUGGGAAAUCACACAGAAGGCGUAUUGUUGCAUAUAUAAUUGGCCACUUUGAAGGAAACAUUAGGUAGAACAUAAAAAGACACCACUUUCUCUUUAGGACAGUGCUUUUCUGACGGGAAUGUCAAGUUUCCCAACUCAACCAGUAACUACAUAGCAAAUAGACCUCGUUAUUUUCCUUCUGUCAGCCGCAGACGUCCGCAGAGCGAGCCCCGUUUGUCCACGUCCGGAACGUCUGAGCUUAAGGUGACUUUUUUUUUUUGUUUUGUUUUUUUUUAUUUUUACCGCCGACAGCUGAAGGCGAAGGCUGCCCGUCUCCGGCUCAAGGCUGUGA